GUGUGUUCCAGCGGCUGGUUGAAUUAGUUCGGUGUCGAACUAUGGGUCUCGUACGUGGUGUUUGGCGAUCGUUACUGCUGUUUGUGAUUCUGCAUAAGGUGCACAGCCUGCAGAACAUUGUUCUCACCUGCGAACCCCCCGUGUGCCGAUUGGGUGGGCUUCAUUUUGCCACUCCAAACGAUACGGCCGGUCUGACGAUAAAAUUCAACACCACAUACUACUUUGAUGUGUGCUUCGAGAACUCAACCCUGCCCGUGAUACCGUUGACCGUAUUUGCGAAGGACAGCGGAGUGCAAAUGCUCAACAUCUCGAAAUGUGAUCUGCGCGAGGUGCUGCCGAAUACGUUCCGCUUUGCCGAUGAUCUGAAGUAUCUUUAUCUCGACAACAACCGGCUGCAGGAAACGUUUGCAGGAAUGUUCUCCGGUGCGAUGAACCUGGUGACACUCCGGUUGGCCAAGAAUCAUCUUAAAACACUCGAUCGGAAAAUGUUUUCGGGCAUCAAGGAUCUGAUCGAGCUGGAUCUGUCCGAAAAUCUGCUGCGCUCGCUACCGAGAGGGGUUUUUGCUGAACUGGGCAAACUGAAAAGGUUGAGACUGGCCGACAACUACCUGGAGGAGUUGGAAGAAUCAACGUUCAAGGCUAUGAACGGGCUGGAGGGUUUGGAUUUAAGUGGUAAUGUGUUGCGCUUUUUCAAGGCAGACAAACUGUUUGCGCGGAUGUUUCAGCUGGAGCGACUGUUACUGCACAACAAUCAGAUUGAGGCGAUCGAUGCUCAAGCCUUUGCUCGGAUGCCCAGCCUGAAGGAGUUGAGUUUGGGCAACAACAGACUGAAAUCGUUACCGGCCAACGUGUUCAGUGCGAUGGCUAGUUUGGAGAGUGUGGACUUGAAUCGGAACUAUAUAUCGGAGCUGGACGAUACGCUGUUCCAGGAAAAUGCUCUCCUAGAGUCGAUAAACCUGGACAAUAACACGAUUACCGUGCUGCGUCCAGCGCUGCUAGCGAAUCUGACCUAUCUGGAACGGUUCUCGAUCGAGUAUAAUCUACUGCGUGCGCUAGAUGUGCAAUCGUUUGCGAACAACCCAGCGUUGCAGCGUUUAAGCUUAUCGGGAAACUUUUUGAACCAGAUACUUCCCGGAACCUUCGGCCGUUUGAAAGCCUUGGAAGAGUUGCAUCUGACUGGCAACUUGCUCCGUUCGUUCGAUGGAGGUUUGUUGAAGAAUUGCAGUGAACUGAAGGAACUCUAUCUGUAUGACAAUCGUAUCAAGCAUCUUGAGGCGGGUGCAUUUGAAGGUGCGUCAAGUCUGCAGAAGUUAAGCUUGGGUCGUAACGAGCUAACGACCAUCGAUGCGCACCUGUUGGACGAUGUGCCACUGUUGGAAAACCUUUGGCUCACAGACAACUUCAUCAGCAGCAUUCCGAUGGGACUGUUCGGUAAGCAAAUCAACCUGACGUAUCUCUCUUUAUCAAACAACCAGAUAAAGCGAAUCAGACCGGGUACGUUUGGUACGAUUGGUAGUUUGCUGGAGCUGAACCUGGAUGAAAAUCAGGUCGAACGUAUCGAAGCAGGCGCGUUGAAUUUCACGAACCUGGAGUAUCUUGACCUUUCCAACAAUUUUAUUGAAGAACUGGACGAGGAGGCGUUGCGAGGAGUACCGAACCUGGCAACCUUAUUGCUGGAAUCGAAUGUUCUACUGGACGUGCCGGCUGCUGUCAACGGAACCAUAAAGCUAUCCUUCCUUGGUCUGCAGAAAAACCGCAUUAGGAAGCUUGCGGAUGGGCAAUUCAGUAAGCUGACCAAUCUGACCGUGCUUAACCUCGACGGCAAUAUAAUACAGGAGCUGGAGCCGGGCUGUUUCCGUGGUCUGGAAUCGCUUACAACGCUGGUGUUGGAUAGGAACCAACCGCUUUACGGUGGCGACGAUGUGUUCGCCCAUUUGCCCAAUCUCACCGACCUGUUCAUGGAGGAUACGAACUAUACGGGCGUGAAUAGCGUUCGCUUUGGUUCGCUGAAGAAUCUGAAGUUUCUGACCCUAGAUAGAAGCCCCAUGACGGGUGUAGAUUCUGGAUUUUUAGCUGGUCUGCAGAACCUCACCAGUCUGUCGUUGAGAAACACGAACAUCAGCUACAUUGGCAGCUACUUCCAGUCACUUCCACGGUUGAGCUCAAUAACUGUUAUCGGUGCGAAAAAUACCUCGAUCGACGAGGCUUUCUUUGCAGGAUCACCAAACUUAACGACCGUGGAUCUGCAGGACACACCGCUGGACGCGAUCAGUGUAAACGCUUUCCGAAGCUUGAAGAAUCUCAGCGACCUUUGCAUUGGUCCGUUUAGUGGCGAAUUGCAGGACAUCAUUACGGAGAAUUUGGCGUUGAAAUAUUUGUACUUGAAGCAAAUGAACUUCACCACCCUUCCGGAUAAUUUCUUCUGGACGAACCGGCAGCUAACCACGCUCGUGAUCGAUUACAAUCCAAACCUUGCCACGGUGAAGCCAGUCUGGUUUAAGCGCCUCCCCUAUCUGGACUACCUGUAUUUGGCGUACAACAACAUCUCCGAAUUGCCAGCGAGUGUGUUCGAAGGUACACCGGUGCUGCGUCAACUGUUUCUAAUGGGCAAUCCGCUACGUACGCUCGAUGUGAACGUGUUCCAGCAUUCGCUUGCCUUGACGUUGCUCGAUCUCGAAAACACUACACUCACGGACCUUCCUGUUGGCGUAUUUGAUGGGCUGUACAAGCUGGAAGAGUUGUAUCUGGGUAGCAAUCAGCUAUCGAAUCUAAGGCACGGCACCUUCCGUCAGUUGUACACGCUACGCAUCUUGGACCUUGCCAACAACUCGAUCGAACACAUCGAUCCGUUCCUGUUUGCGGAAAUGUCGCGUCUGAAGGAGAUCUCGCUUGCGGACAAUAAGUUGACUGCACUGGAUGAUCGUCUGUUCGCUGCCCAGCUGGACUUGCUGGAGUUACAUCUGCCCAGAAAUCGGUUGGUUACGUUCGAUUUACUGGCGAUGAGCUUCGCCCGCACACUGUACUUCCUCGAUCUGGAUGGCAAUGGGUUGCAGUCCGUGAGGAUCGCUCCCAAUCUCGAAUUCCUCACUGUGGAUGAUAACCAACUGUCUACGUUGCAGCUACCGAACUCCGACUAUUAUCGGCUGACAACUCUUUCGAUACAGAAUAAUAGCUUUAGCUCGCUGGAGUCGACGUACAGCUUUGACCGGUUGGAGCAGUUCAACGUGACACUGAACCGAUUACCAGAAGUUGAUCUGGCGCUGUUGGCGGAGAAGUUCCCGAGGCUCAAUCUGUUCAAUGCAUCGUUGGCGGGGAUCGAGUCGUUGGGACGUUUGGUGAAUGCUUGCGACCAUAAGGCACUGCACCAUCUGGAUCUGUCGAACAACAGCCUUACGGAUGGCGAGAUCCGCAAGACAGAUCAGUUCCCGAAGCUGGAGAGCUUUGCUUUUGAUGGGAAUCGUUUUACGUAGUGGUUGCACUCGAUCGCGAUGGGUGUGGACAUUGGAAAACUAAUAAAAUGCGCUCGUUUCUCAUA